AUGGCUCCAUACGUGACGCCCACCGCUGCUGAGCUGGAGAAGCGGAACACAGUCAGCAUUGAAAAAGAGGUCGUCUACGAUGUAGCCUCCACCGACUUCCCCGGCAACUAUCCUGGUGAGGAUAACAGCUGGUCGCUCGACACGUUCCGCGAGAACUUUCGCGUGCGUUAUCACCAACUCUCUCCCUCCGAGUCAUCCUUCUCCCUCAUUGGUGUCGACGCCUCCAUCGCCAAUGCGCUCCGUCGCAUCCUCAUCUCCGAAAUCCCCACCCUCGCCAUCGAGACGGUUUACAUCUAUAACAACACCUCAGUCAUCCAGGACGAGGUCCUAGCACACCGUUUGGGUCUCGUUCCCUUCACAGCCAACAAGGCAGGCCUGCGCGACUUCCUCCGCUGGCGAAAGAAGAACCCCGACGGCACCCCCGGCGACAUCUUUGACUACAACACUGUCCAACUUCGACUCCGUAUCGAGUGCACGCGCAACCCCGACGCCGCGCCCGGCGAGAUCGACUCGACCAAGGCCUUCCGCAAUGCCCACGUCCACGCCUCCGACAUCGAGUAUGUGCCCUCGGGACGCCAGCUCGAGUACUUUGACGGGCCGCUCAACACUGUUCGCCCUACGAACCCGGACAUCCUCCUCGCCAAGUUGCGUCCCGGCCAGGUCCUCGAGAUGGACAUGCACAUGCACAAGGGCAUCGGCUCCGACCACGCAAAGUUCUCGCCCGUCGCCACCGCCUCCUAUCGCCUUCUCCCCACCAUCACCAUCACCCGCCCCAUCCUGGGCGCCGACGCCGACAAGUUCGCCCGCUGCUUCCCCGCCGGCGUCAUCGGCAUCGAACGCGUUUCUGCCGAUGAGGCCCGCACACCCGGCUCCGGCUACGAGGGCCACGAGGGCGAGCGCAAGGCCGUCGUCCGCGACGCCAUGAAGGACACCGUCUCGCGCGAGUGCCUGCGCCACGCCGAAUUCCAGGGCAAGGUCAAGCUCGGCCGCCGCCGCGACCACUUCAUUUUCGCCAUUGAGGCCGCCACUGGUCAGUGGGACAGCGACGAGCUGCUUCUCGAGGCCAUCAAGACGAUGAAGAAGAAGUGUGCGCGUCUCGAGCAGCAGGUCAUCAACAUGGUCAGGUGA